CCAUUUUCCUUCAUAAAAGCUGUUCUGUGGAGCUUCCUUCUCCCCAGGACUAUAGGCUGCACAGGAAGAUAUUUCUGUGGAGUUCCCUCCGUUUCAAAAUGCCCUGUUUCUUGUGGAGUUCUGCAAAACCAAAAUUAUGUCUACUUCGAAAAUUCUUCAAGUAACCCCUACUUGAUACGAAGAAUAGAAGAGCUCAAUAAGACUGCCAAUGGAAACGUGGAAGCAAAGGUGGUGUGUUUCUACAGGAGGAGAGACAUCUCAAGCACGCUCAUUGUACUGGCAGACAAACAUGCAAGAGAAAUGGAAGAAGAGAUGGAAAAUCCAGAAAUGGUUGAUUUACCAGAGAAACAGAAGCAUCAGCUACGACAUCGUGAGUUGUUUCUCUCACGACAGCUGGAAUCUCUGCCAGCCACACACAUUAGGGGCAAAUGCAGCGUUACUCUGUUAAAUGAGACAGAAUCCCUUAAAUCGUACCUGGAACGGGAGGAUUUCUUCUUUUAUUCACUAGUGUAUGAUCCUCAACAAAAGACCCUGCUUGCUGACAAAGGAGAGAUUCGAGUUGGAAACAGAUACCAGGCAGAUAUAACAGACUUACUAAAAGAGGGUGAGGAUGAUGGAAGAGAUCAGUCAAAACUUGAAACAAAAGUUUGGGAAGCCUUUAACCCACUAGUAGACAAGCAGAUAGACCAGUUCCUGGUGGUAGCACGGUCUGUUGGUACGUUUGCCCGAGCCCUGGAUUGCAGUAGUUCUGUCAGACAGCCAAGUUUGCACAUGAGUGCUGCAGCAGCCUCCAGGGACAUCACACUGUUCCAUGCUAUGGACACUUUGCACAAAAAUGUCUAUGACAUUUCCAAGGCAAUCUCAGCACUUGUGCCACAAGGUGGGCCAGUCCUGUGCAGAGAUGAGAUGGAGGAGUGGUCUGCUUCAGAGGCAAACCUCUUUGAGGAAGCACUAGAAAAAUAUGGAAAAGAUUUCACUGACAUUCAGCAAGAUUUUCUCCCAUGGAAGUCCUUAACAAGCAUUAUAGAGUAUUACUAUAUGUGGAAAACUACAGACAGAUACGUUCAGCAGAAACGAUUGAAAGCAGCAGAAGCAGAGAGCAAGCUAAAGCAAGUGUAUAUACCCAACUACAACAAGCCAAACCCCAACCAGAUCAAUGUAAAUAAUGUCAAACCAGGAGUGGUGAAUGGUACUGGAGUCCAGGCACAGAAUGCAGGAGCAGGACGGGCCUGUGAGAGCUGUUACAUGUUUUGUUUUUUAACUACUGGGGUUAUAUUCUCAAGCCAUCAUCAUUGGGGUCCCCCUAACAUGCAGUGUCGCCUCUGUGCAUCCUGUUGGACCUACUGGAAGAAAUACGGUGGCUUGAAAAUGCCAACACGCUUAGAUGGGGAGAGGCCCGGACCAAACCGCAAUAAUUUGAGUCCUCAUGGUGUGCCGGUACGAAACAGUGGGAGUCCCAAGUUUGCUAUGAAGACACGACAAGCUUUCUAUCUGCACACAACAAAACUGACCAGAAUUGCCAGACGUUUAUGUCGAGAUAUCUUGCGCCCUUGGCACGCUGCAAGACACCCCUAUCUGCCUAUUAACAGUGCAGCAAUCAAAGCAGAAUGCACAGCACGUUUACCUGAGGCAUCAGAAAACCCAUUGCUAUUAAAGCAAGUGGUUCGAAAGCCUUUAGAAGCAGUGCUCCGGUAUUUAGAAUCUCAUCCAUGUCCUCCGAAACCAGAUCCUGCAAAGAGCUUGUCCAGUUCUCUCAACAAUCUGACUCCUGCUAAGUUUACACCUGUCAUUAAUAAUGGGUCCCCAACUAUCCUGGGAAAAAGAAGCUAUGAACAGCACAAUGGAAUGGAUGGCAACAUGAAGAAGCGCCUGUUGAUGCCUAGCAGGGGAACUUACCUAGGUCUGCCUAACCACGGACAAACCAGACAAAUGGGACCAAGCCGAAACUUGCUGCUCAAUGGGAAAUCAUACCCAACAAAAGUCCGAUUAAUUCGUGGUGGAUCCAUGCCUCCAGUGAAAAGGAGGAGGAUGAACUGGAUUGAUGCACCAGAUGAUGUUUUUUACAUGGCCACUGAAGAAACCAGGAAAAUCCGCAAGCUGCUUUCCUCCUCGGAAGCCAAGCGAGCCGCCAGACGCCCUUACAAGCCGAUUAUCCUGCGGCCCAUGCAGGCGGUGCAGCUCCGCCAGCCCAUGAACGAUGAGCCCAUCAUCAUCGAGGAUUAACCACGGCAGCCUCUCCUCCAGUACCUACUUGAGUUUCCAUGGCUACAGCAUUGAGCUAACUGUUGAAGAGAGGGAACUUUUGAGGAACUGUUUUGCAUCUUUUAAACCCUUAAAAGGAACUCAGCCCUGCUCUGAGCCUCUGACCACAGACUGCUCUCUCUCUCUCUCUCUCUCUCUCUUUCGCACUCUCUCCU